AUGGGAAAAUACGCGUCUGAUUCUGAGUGGGCGUCAAUCGAUCCCAUUCCGCUCAAUGAUGGCUCCGAGUCAGGCGCGAUGCCGCUGGCCACCAUCGCCUACAGCGAGGAAUAUCUCGAAGCAACUUCAUAUCUUCGUGCGGUUAUGGCCGCCAAUGAAAUGUCUGACAGAGCCCUGAAACUCACAGAAGACAUUAUCUCCAUGAAUCCAGCCCACUAUACAGUCUGGAUAUAUCGUGCCAAGAUCGUCUUUGCUUUGAACAAAGAUCUCCUCGAGGAGCUGGAGUGGCUGAACGGCGUCUCCUUGAGGUAUUUGAAGAAUUAUCAAAUCUGGCAUCAUCGCCAGGUUAUCAUGUCCUCACGAGAGCACUUCCCUAGUCUCCCACCAAAAGAGAUGGACUUUCUCAUGGAAAUGUUCGCUCAAGACUCAAAAAACUAUCAUGUAUGGACCUACCGCCACUGGCUGGUGCGGCAUUUUGAAUUAUGGGAUUCCCCUCGCGAGCUCGCGGACGUGAACUCCCUACUCAACUCGGAUGUCAGGAACAAUUCCGCCUGGAAUCACCAUCUGGUCGACGAGGAGCUGAGGUACGCUCAGGACCAGAUCCUUCGAGCGCCAGAGAACCGAAGCCCAUGGUCGUACGCUCGGGGUAUCCUACGAGCUGCUAGUCGGCCACUCUCCGAAUGGACCGAGUUUGCGCAGAAAUUCGUCGUCGACAAGCGGGACGACCAGGGUCAGAUUGUGGACGUCUCGGUGAAGAGUAGCCACGCUGUGGAGUGGCUAGCUGACGUGUAUGCUGACGCUGAAGAGAAUGGCCGCGCUGAGGCUGUCCGUAUGCUCAACCUCCUGAAGGACAAGUACGAUCCCAUUCGGAAGAACUACUGGAACUAUCGCAUUCGGACAAUCGAGGCGGAAGAAGUCCCAGCUUCUGCACCCAAAUCCAAUUUACCAUAUUUGCUGAAUAUCAUGUUCUGA